UGUAACUAAAUCAUGUCACGACGCCGUUUUAUUGAAGUAGCCCAGAAAAAUUACUUCUGGUUUGAUGAUCUCUCGCUCUCGCAGUUCAAAAUUCCCUGGAGAAAUAGGUCAUUGGCGACUCGGAGAAAUCAGAAAUGGCGUUCUUGUUGUCCACAGGAACUAGACUGAAUCUGAAACUUCACGAGCACAAUGGCAGUAGAAUCAAUGGAGUACCAGAAAGGAAUUUUUCUUUUUUUACAGGAUUAUAUGAGAAGAUAAUCAAAAAUUGGAAGAAGGAAGUUUCAUUUAUCUGUUUAUCAUUAAAAAACCAGUCACUUCCGCAAACAAAAGAUGGAAUUAAAGGGAAAGUCACACCUAAGAAAGGGAGGAGUCCAGUUUUGAGUGAAGGGAGGGAUGAGGAUGAGAACUACGGGCUUAUUUGUCCUGGUUGUGGGGUUUUUAUGCAAGACAAAGACCCGAAUUUGCCUGGCUAUUUCAAGAAGAGAAAGCUCACCGAGAUAAAGGAGGAGGAAUGGCGGGAGGUGGAGGAGGAUGAUAUUGAGGGUAUAUCAUACUGGUCCGAAUUUAAUGAUGAUGAAGCAGAAGGGGACACUGAGGGUAUAUUGGAGGAGGGAGAUGAAGAGGAAGGUGAAUUAGAUUGGGAGUCUGAUGAGUGGGAAGCUAAGCUUGAAAUAGAAGAAGAUGAUCUAGAGUUGGAGAGUUUUGCUCCUGCAGGUGUGGGGUAUGGUAACAUAACAGAGGAGACGAUAGAGAAGAGGAGAAAGCAGAGAUUGUCUAAAGCAGAAAGAAAGAGGAUAGCUAGGGAGCUAAGAAAGAAGGAAAAGGAUGAGGUUACCGUGUGUGCCCGAUGCCAUUCUUUGAGGAAUUAUGGGCAAGUGAAGAAUAAGGCAGCAGAAAAUCUGAUACCUGAUUUUGAUUUUGAAAGGUUGGUUGCUACCAGGUUGAUAAAACCUACUGGAAAUGCUAAUGCUACCGUUGUAGUUAUGGUUGUUGAUUGUGUUGAUUUUGAUGGUUCGUUCCCAAAACGGGCAGCCAAGUCUUUGUUCAAGAUGUUAGAAGGAGCCCAAAAUGACUCUAAGCUUGCCAAAAAGUUGCCAAAGCUUGUUCUCGUAGCUACAAAGGUUGAUCUCCUCCCUUCGCAGAUUUCACCAACUAGACUAGAUAGGUGGAUUCGACACCGUGCAAAGGCUGGAGGGGCACCUAAGCUAAGUGGGGUAUAUUUGGUUAGUGCUCAUAAGGAUUUGGGUGUGAGGAACUUAUUGACCUUCAUUAAGGAAUUGGCUGGUCCUAGAGGGAAUGUUUGGGUCAUAGGGGCGCAAAAUGCAGGCAAAUCGACUCUAAUCAAUGCAUUUGCAAAGAAGGAGGGGGCAAGAGUCACAAAGCUUACGGAAGCUCCAAUUCCUGGAACGACUCUUGGGAUAUUAAGAAUUGGAGGGAUUUUGUCAGCCAAGGCAAAAAUGUAUGACACUCCUGGCCUUCUACAUCCAUAUCUGAUGUCCAUGAGACUGACUAGGGAUGAGCAGAAAAUGGUUGAAAUACGAAAGGAACUACAACCACGGACAUAUAGAGUGAAGGUGGGACAAGCUGUUCAUGUUGGUGGCUUGGUCAGACUGGAUCUCGAUCAUGCUUCGGUUGAAACAAUAUAUAUCACAAUUUGGGCAUCACCAAAUGUUUCUCUGCACUUAGGGAAGAUAGAUAAUGCGGAAGAAAUACGUAAGAGUCACAUUGGGGUGAGGCUGCAGCCACCCGUCGUUGCAGACCAUCCUUCUGAAUUAGGCGAAUGGGAAGAGAAGGAAAUUCAAGUGUCUGGAACUAGUUGGGAUGUGAAUAGCAUUGACAUUGCUGUGGCUGGUUUAGGUUGGAUUUCUCUGGGUCUUAAAGGUGAAGCAAACUUGACACUGUGGACAUUCCAUGGCAUUGGGAUAACCUUGAGAGAACCGUUGGUUCUCGACAGGGCAGCAUUUCUCGAAAGACCAGGGUUUUGGCUUCCAGGAGCUAUAUCUGAUAUCAUAGGCAACCAGACAAAAGAUGAAGCUCAGAAAAAGAAAAAACGACAGGGAAAUGUUGACUUCUUGUCAGAGGUGUCUGCUUGAUGAGGCUUGACCAUUGAAUGACAAACAAAUAAUGCGAUUCCCUUGGUCUCAAAUAGACUUGAGAUUCAUAGCUUAGCUCUAGUAGGAGUAGGCUCAAAGCAUCCAUAUAUCGAAACUGAAUUUAUUGCAAUUGUGGAUGCUUUGCUUCCAAGAUCAGAGAGGAAUUUUGUUUGAUAAGUUCUUCCCACUACCAGGCAAAUGAAAUUGUGGAGAGAAAAAGGUUCAGAUGAUUUCAAAGUGCGGGCUUCGCCUUGUAAGUAUGAAGCUAAUGAUUCCAUGGCUAAUGCACGUUGUAUGAUCUUUUUCCUUGUCAGUUUUUAACUCUGAGGAAAAGAGGAGGAAAAUAGAUUAUAGGUGUUGAUGGUACAAACUACUAAAAAACCAGUCACAAUUUUUGUAGUGUUCAAGCAUAUUACUUUCGAGCUUUUAAGCAUCGUUUGCUCAUCUAA